UAUGUGGAUGCUCACGCGAAGAUGGAUUUAGUGUACGGGCUGGUGUGGCUGCUGACGGUGCUGCUGGAGGGGAUCUCCGGCCAAGGGGUGUACGCCCCACCCACGGUGCGGAUCGUGCACUCAGGCCUGGCGUGUAACAUCGAGGAGGAGCGCUACUCGGAAAGGGUAUACACCAUCCGCGAGGGGGAGACUCUGGAGCUCACCUGCUUGGUGACGGGCCAUCCUCGGCCACAGAUCAGGUGGACCAAAACAGCGGGAAGUGCCUCUGACAGAUUCCAAGACUCGAGUGUCUUCAAUGAAACUCUGAGGAUUACAAAUAUCCAGCGACACCAAGGAGGCCGCUACUACUGCAAGGCGGAGAAUGGUUUGGGUUCCCCAGCUAUAAAAUCAAUCCGAGUGGAUGUGUACUAUUUAGAUGACCCGAUAGUGACAGUUCACCAGAGCAUCGGGGAAGCAAAAGAACAGUUUUACUAUGAGAGAACAGUGUUUCUCAGGUGCGUUGCUAACUCCAACCCACCUGUACGGUACAGCUGGAGACGUGGCCAAGAGGUAUUACUGCAAGGGUCGGAUAAAGGAGUUGAAAUCUACGAACCCUUCUUUACCCAGGGGGAAACAAAGAUAUUGAAACUAAAGAAUCUUCGGCCUCAGGACUAUGCUAAUUACAGCUGCAUUGCUUCAGUGAGGAGUGUGUGCAACAUCCCUGACAAGAUGGUGUCUUUCAGACUCUCCAAUAAAACAGCGUCUCCGUCAAUUAAGCUCCUGGUGGACGACCCCAUAGUGGUGAAUCCCGGCGAGGCCAUCACCUUGGUCUGUGUGACGACGGGAGGCGAGCCGGCGCCCACGCUUACCUGGGUGAGAUCCAUUGGAGCCCUUCCUGAAAAAACCGUGCUGAACGGCGGGACCUUGACGAUACCGGCCAUCACUUCGGAGGACGCCGGCACGUACAGUUGCAUCGCAAAUAAUAACGUGGGGAACCCUGCAAAAAAGUCCACCAAUAUCAUUGUAAGAGCCUUAAAAAAAGGCCGGUUUUGGAUCACGCCUGACCCCUAUCACAAAGACGACAACAUCCAGAUUGGGCGCGAGGUGAAAAUCUCCUGCCAGGUGGAAGCUGUUCCUUCUGAGGAGCUCACAUUCAGUUGGUUUAAAAAUGGACGCCCGUUGCGUAGCUCCGAAAGGAUGGUCAUCACCCAGACUGACCCGGACGUUUCCCCUGGCACCACCAACCUGGACAUCAUCGACUUGAAAUUCACUGACUUUGGAACGUACACCUGCGUGGCAUCCCUGAAAGGCGGCGGCAUAUCCGAUAUCAGCAUUGAUGUCAACAUAUCCAGCAGUACAGUUCCGCCCAAUCUGACUGUUCCACAAGAAAAAUCACCUUUAGUCACCCGGGAAGGAGACAUUAUAGAACUACAAUGCCAGGUGACCGGAAAGCCCAAACCUAUCAUUCUUUGGUCCAGAGCUGAUAAGGAGAUUGCAAUGCCAGAUGGAUCCAUGCAAAUGGAGAGUUACGAUGGAAUACUGAGGAUAGUGAAUGUGUCUAGGGAGAUGACAGGAACAUACAGAUGUCAGACCAGUCAGUACAAUGGAUUUAAUGUGAAACCCAGAGAAGCAUUGGUGCAGCUCAUUGUGCAGUAUCCUCCUGCGGUGGAACCAGCAUUUCUGGAGAUUCGACAGGGCCAGGGUCGAAGCAUCACUAUGAGUUGCCGGGUGCUGAGAGCGUAUCCAACUCGGGUUCUGACGUACGAGUGGAGACUGGGCAACAAGUUGCUGCGGACUGGUCAGUUUGAUGCUCACGAUUCUACGGAGUACAUAGUGAGCAGCCUUUCCAGGGACAGUUAUGGGAUUUACAAUUGUAACAUCAUCAAUGAAGCUGGGGCAGGCCGAUGCAGCUUCCUCGUUACAGGCAAAGCCUAUGCCCCAGAGUUCUACUACGACACCUACAGUCCCCUCUGGCAGAACAGACCUCGGGUUUACUCCUACAGUCUGCAGUGGACUCAAAUGAACCCAGAUGCUGUGGACCGCAUCCUUGCAUACCGUUUAGGGAUUAGACAGGCUGGACAACAGCGUUGGUGGGAACAGGAGAUCACGGUAAACGGAAACAUUCAGAAAGGAGAGUUAAUUACAUACAACCUGACUGAGCUGAUCAAGCCAGAGGCCUAUGAAGUCCGCCUAACUCCCAUCACCAGAUUUGGGGAGGGAGAUUCAACCAUUCGUGUCAUCAAAUAUAGUGCUCCAGUCAAUCCUCACUUAAGAGAGUUUCACUGUGGAUUUGAAGAUGGCAACAUAUGUCUAUUCACUCAAGAUGAUACGGAUAAUUUUGACUGGACGAAACAAAGCACUGCCACCAGAGACACAAAAUAUACCCCAAACACUGGACCCAACGCAGACCGAAGUGGCUCCAAAGAAGGUUUCUACAUGUACAUUGAAACGUCACGCCCGAGGCUGGAAGGAGAAAAGGCCAGACUUCUGAGUCCUGUUUUCAGUGUAGCCCCUAAAAACCCGUAUGGAGUCACCAACACAGCAUAUUGUUUUAGUUUCUACUAUCACAUGUACGGACAGCACAUAGGAAGCUUGAAUGUUUAUCUGCGGUUAAAGGGACAGACCACAAUAGAAAAUCCAGUAUGGUCUUCAAGUGGGAAUAAGGGACAGCACUGGAACCAGGCCCGGGUUAAUAUACACCCCACCACUUCAUUUCAGCUCAUUUUUGAAGGGAUCCGAGGUCCUGGCAUAGAAGGUGAUAUUGCUAUUGAUGAUGUAUCGAUUGUGGAAGGAGAGUGUAUGAAAGCAGACCAGCCAGCCAACAAUUUACGAGCAGGUGCUGUUGGGACAUUAGCACAUAUAUGGCUUUUUCCAGUGAUCCUCCUCAUGUCUGUCUUAAGUCAUCAAAGGUGA